AUGGCCGGUCCCAUUGGGUAUCUCAUCAAUUCUGACCCAGCACCGCCAACUCCUACCAUCUCUCAGGUCCAGCAGGUUCCAUCCGUACCGUCAUCCGCGUCAGUAGCACAGCCAGCGGCGCCAUCAGCACCGCUUCCAGGACACCCAGGAUUGCCGUCGGUGGCACCGCUGUCAUCAUUGCCAUCGUUCACUUCUGCCCCGGUCGCGAACACCAACGCCGCUCUCACCACGCCUAUCGUCAAUCACAGCCCGUUCAGGACCUCUGAGGCCUCUGACACAUCUGGACUUCCGCUCGUUCUCACGCUUCCGUCCCCUUCAGUACCUCCAGUUUCAUCAGUCCCUUCCGUCUCUCCCGCGUCUUCUGUGCCUUCCCUUCCUCCUGUUCCUUCGAAUGACCCGGCCUCAUCACCCCCGACGCGGCUUGGCUCCAAUGGCCACAAUGCAUCUACCAGUGCCGGCAGCCAUGCCAAGGGCAAGCCGUUGUACCAAUGUGCCGACUGUCUACGCCGCUACUCGCGCCCUGAGCAUCUCCAGAGACACAUAGCUGCCCACACGCUCGGGAAGCGCUUCACGUGUGAUGCGGGUUUCUCCUCACGCUUGGGCCAAGGUCUAGGGGCUAACACCUUUAACAGAUGCACACGCUGCAAAACACGCGGCCUGCGUUGCGAGGUUUCUCUGUCCGAAGAUGCGCUGCAUCUGCAUCAUAUGCCGGUAAACAGGUCCCAUGUCCACCCAGAGGAUUCUGUCCCUUCCUCGUCCAACGCCUCCAGCGCUUACCAGGUAACGCUGGAAUUAAAGACAGAGGAAAGCCCAGGAUCAAGCAGUAGCCAGGAGCUCGCGGGUACUGUCCCGUCCCUGUACAAGGAGGAGUCCCAAAUUCCUACUCCAGCAGCUUCCUUGGAUCAGACGAGCUCCGAUUUUGGUCCAUAUACUGCGGCCUAUCUAGGCCCCGCUCACGAUGAACACACCAAGCCUGGCUUUCCCGAUUUCAUCCGUGAUAUCCUAUAUCGGUCGUCUUAUGGUGAUGCUUCUACCAAGCUUGUCGACGUCCAGGCAUCCGCCGUUCUUGACUUCUACGAUGACACCAACUUUGCGGACUUCAACGACUUCAACUUUGAUCCUUUGAGUCACUGGAACAUCGAUGCAUCUCGCACUGCAGCAGACCAGGCAGAUGGGGCUGACAAUCCACCAUCUAUAACCGCCAUGCGUGCUGCUUUGUGCAAGCUUUGGACCGAGUCUCCGUGGAGGUGGAUUCCAGAAAAGACAGACAGUCGCUAUACCGAGCAGUCAAACCUCCCUCUAUCCUCCCAUGAUGCACAGGGUGUCCAGCUUGAGGCGAAUCCGAUGCCGGUGGACCGAGUGACUAAGGACGUACUUCAGGGCUCAUCGCGGGAUAAGAUUCUCGCUAUCGUCUUGGGCACCUUGCGCGACAACGCAACAAUCAACCGAGUAGCAUCCUCGUUUCCUUCGACUGACGCCAUGGACUCAUGGAUCAACGUCUUUCUUGCUGCGCAUCUAUGCCAAACUUCCUCCUGGAUUCAUUACGCUUCACUCUAUUUAAACUCUCAGUACCCCGAGUGGCUUGCUAUUGCUGCUGCUGCUGGCGCCCUGUUAACUCCUGUUCUUCCACUCAGGCGCUUUGGCUUGGCGCUCCAGGAGGCAGUUCGUGUUGCUAUCCCCGAGAGGGCAAGUGCCAUCUUUGAAGAGAACAACAGGAGUAUUGCCGACCUGGGUAAAGUUCAGGCUCUAGUUAUGAUUUGGGACGUUGGUCUCUAUAGUGGUAACCGGAGAAAAAUGGAGAUUGCCGAGUGCCAUUUCCCAAUUGCUAUCACCAUGAUGCGCUACCGAGGCAAAUUUGCAAGAUCCGCCUACCAACAGAUCACCAUCUACCCCACAGAUGAAGGCAAAAUCCUGGAAGACAAGUGGAAAGCAUGGUGUCAGUACGAGUCUUGGAAAAGGCUUUCCUUCCACACAUAUCUCCGGGACGCGCAAAUCUCAAUGACACAAUUCAACAACAUGAACAUGUCAUACGCAGAACUCACCUUGCCGCUGCCCUGCUCCACACAGUUGUGGUUCGCGCGAAGUGCAGAAGAGUUCAAAGCGUGUUACCUGCAAGCUGGCUUCUCAGACAACAGCAAGAGACUCCCCUCUCUCGGCGACCUCUUCCGUGAUAUAAGUCUCCUUUCGGCAAACCGUCGGCUUCUUGACGUCCAAUUCUCCCUUUCAAUUUACCUGCAUGGAUUCUGGACUCUGAUAUGGGAGUACCGCCAGAUGUACUCUAUUCAAAGACCAUCCUGUUCAGCAAAUCCCCCGCCUCCCAACCCUCUAUUGGAAGCCCGCCGUGAAGAUCUCCAAAAGGCGCUCAGCAAUUUCCACGAUCUUAUUCGCGGCUGGCAAGAGGCAACCCAAGAGAUCAUGCUCUUAUUUCACUUGAUCCUUAUGAACCUCUACGUCUCCAUCCUCGACCUGCAGCUGUUCACUGGCAAGGAGGGUGAAGAACAAGCCCGAAUAGUGUACCCUUCCUUACAGCGGUGGGCAGUUAGCCCGGAUGCGCGCCGCGCACUGUGGCAUGCAGGCCAAAUCCUGCGCCAUGCCAGAUCGUUCCCCAAGGGUCAUCUGAAAGAAUUCUCGGUGAUUGCUGUACACCAUGCAGCUUUAUCGGAGCAGGUGAUGCCAUGGAAGGAGUCUCGCAAGAACAGGAGCCACAGACUGAUCGGCGGCAAGAACAUCAACAAAAUAGGGGAGGAGUUUUCCAGCUCGGGUCAGUGA